UAUUUUCCUGUCAGAGAUUGUAGCCAAUCAAGAGCGCCGCAGAGCCUGGUCACGUGACCAUGACCGUUUCCUGUUUCUAUUGUACACUUCCACGAUUUUGCUUCAAAUCAGCAAAUGUGAACUUUUAAGGCGAACUCUUCCGCCGCCGUGGGAUUUGUCCUCGCACAUUAAAGCCCCCUUAACGCCCGCCGACGUCGCUUCAGCUGCCGGAGGCAGCGGACCGGAGCAACAUGGCUAACAGCGCCAACAAUAACAACAACUGUGUGGCUUUCCAGAGCAAGCUAGCCUCCAUCAUGGAGAGGCUGGCUAAGGCGGCCGUCGUGGAAGUCAGCAAACUGUGGGAGGACGGCUUCGCUGUGGUCCAGGUGGAGCUCCUACGGAGAGAGAGCGAAAUUAAAGCCCUGAACAGAAAGCUGCUGUCGAUGGAAAACGAGCGUUUCACGGCUCUUUCUCAAGCUAACAAGUCCUCAUCUUUACCACGGAGAGAGCAGCAGAAUAACCUGCCGCCACCUGCCGGCGAAGGGCCUUUGGUAGAAUCACUCCAGAAGUCGACUCCAGAUCAGAGCCUCCGGGAUAAGACGGACUCGUCGGGAAAUAACAGAGCCGCACUGCCUGCUCAGGCGGAGGAAAACCAAAGUGCAGCAAAGCAGCGUAAGCCGGACGCCUGUGAAGCUGAGGAUGGAGACAAAGAAGACUCGGUAGUGAAGCUGGAGGAAGACAAAGACGUUGAGAUUGUGGAGCAGGAAGUGGAUUUGAAUCCCAGAAGCAGCAAAGCCGCUCGCAACGAAGCGAAACGGAUCCAACGACCCGCUAAAGUGCCACAAGAGGCCCAGUACUGGAUGUCGGGCGACAGCGACACGGAAGAUGAUCCCGACUGCUUCUUGAAACCAAACCAGCUUUCACAGCAUCUGGACUCGGAAAUCUUGCUCAUUCAAAACUCUCUGGACAUCUUUGACAACCCGGCGCCGGCAACUCUUCCCGAUCGGCUCGCGGGGGAGAACAGGACGCUUCAAGGUGCUUCGAUCAAAUCCAGAGCUCCGGGGGCGUUCGGCCAAUCACAGCCGAGCCAGCCGACGUCCCGCCACGCAGACAGACAAACGUCCGCCGGGUUCCCGUUAGAGAAACAACGGCGGACUAAAAACGUGUCAGCGUUCAACCCUGAGAGCCGGCUGUUUGUCUUAAACGAGCCGGAGUUGCACAAAACCCUGGCGAGUCGGCACGUUAAGGAGAAGUGGUACAUCUGCCCGUUCUGCGGCAAAAGCUUCGACCGCGUCAGCCACCUGGAGAUCCACCAGCGGAUUCACACCGGGGAGAAGCCGUACACGUGUGAGGCGUGUGGCAAGAGCUUCUCCCAGAGGAGCAACCUGCGCACUCAUCAACGGACGCACAAGGAGGCCGUCUCUCUAAACCUUUAAUCCACAGGCACCAAAGACAGAGUUACUGAAACGCUGUAGCCGGUUUUCUUACAGUACCACCUUGGGAUGUAGGGACAAAAUUUAAUUAUUUUACCGUGAUUAAAAGUCUGUCCAAACGCUUAGGUGCAUUUAUUAGCUCCCCUGGUUAAGAUGUCUAAGAAGCCUUAAGAUAAAUGUGUCUGUUACUGCAGUUACAUAAUGUCACUGUAAAACAUUAAGGAAAAAGCUAACAUUUAAUCAUGAUUUAUCAAAUCCAUCCAUUUUCUAACACGCUGAUCCCUGUUGGGGUCAUGAGGGGUUGCUGGUGCCGAUCUCCAGCUGUCACUGGGUACACCCUGGACAGGUCGUCAGUCUGUCGCAGGGCAACACAGAGACAGACAGGACAAAUAACCAUUCUAUUUAUUAAAACCUAUAUUCUGAAAUAAUUCACUGUGGUCACAACUCCUGGUGUCCCUGGGAGGAUCCCAGAGUACCCAGAGAGAACCCGCACAUACACAGGGAGAACAAGCAGACUCUAUUCAGAAAGACUCUCCGCUGGGGAUUUGAACCCAGGACCUUCUUGGUGCAAAGCAGCAGUGCUACAAACUGCAUCACUAUCAAUAAAGUACUGUUUUUUUGAUUUUA